AUGAAAAAGCAGGAAACGCGGCGAAAUCAGGAAAAACGUGAAACAAGCGCGCACCUACACCACGCACGCGCAGGUUGGGGUGGUCACGUGACUCAGCGCGAGGGCCAAGAGGUCACCGCAGCAGUUGUUUGCGUAAUGGAAGGUCAACUGCAGUUCCUCAUCACUCCAUUUCCCCUCCAAUGGCAAUCUCUACAGUGUGGCCCCGAGGAGUGCCUCCUGCAGCUCCCCUCCGGCGAAGCAGCAGACGAAGGGCGCCCUGAGGCGUUCCUCGCUCGAGCCCAAGUGGCGCCCGGCUCCUGCCUCUACGUGCCCCAGGCGUGGCAGUGGCAGGUGCGGGCGGAGGGAGACACGACCUUCCUCUGGCUCGCUUGGCAGGACGACCUCGUGCUCCGUGAUGACGUCAUCGCUGCUCUCUUCCCGCUGGAUGACGACGACCAAGGCGGGGGGGGCGAGGGGGUCCAGGCCCAGGGGGGCGGUCUGCGGGGGGGAGAAACUGCACCAGUACCAUACAUUUCCCAAACCCAGGACGGACGCCAAGGAAGGAACCCCACAGAUCCUGCGACGCUGUGGGAGAUCCUGCCCACAGACCCCCUCCCCCCCCUGGUCCUGUGGGGGGAGCAGGACCCCCUCCCCCACCUCCUUGGCCAGUACCUCCUCCCGGACCUCCACCUCAGCUUCGACGCCUUCUUCCGGCGCUUCCGGAUCGACCGCCUGCUUCUGCCUGACCUUGUCGACUGCCCGCCCGAGUGCCAGUCCCUCGCCGCGUCCAUCUUCAACCUUCUGGACGCAAGCGCAGAUGGUCUCCUGAAUCAGCUGGACGCCACCUACCUGACACGGGCCAGCGUUAGGUCACUCACGCUGCAACUGGAUGAACUUUUGGAUGAGUUGAGGGACAUGGGGACAGAGCAAUGGGUGCACGUGGUUCAGGUAAAGGUCGUCACUGCGGGUGUGUCUGUUUUAUUUGUGUUUGUUAUUAGCAGUGUUGAUUAUAUUUCUCUGGUUAUGAUUUGUUGACAAUAUUUCUGGUUAUUAUGACCAACUCCCAUUGUGAUAUUAAUUUUCACUAUCAUUCCCAUGUUUGAACUGUCACUUUUUCUAUCUGCUUGUCUGUCUAUCUGUCAGCCUAUCUUUAUGUCUCUCAGUCUAUUCAUA